AUGGCUAAGAUCAAGAUGUAUAGUCGAGGGCUAGGCCUCCGAAUGGCGAUUCUGAUCACCUGCCAGAUUGCGUUUGUCCUAUUCGGCUAUAAUCAGGGUGUCUUCUCCGGAAUCAUCAACAAUGAAGACUUUCUGAAUAUCGUCAACCACCCACGCGCGGGCAUGCUCGGAUUCCUCGUGUCAAUCUACAAUCUGGGCUGCUUCUUCGGUACUUUUAUUGCCUUUAUGACAACAGACAGGCUUGGGUUCCAAAAGUCUAUGUGGUUUUCGAUGGUCUAUGUAGUAGUCGGUGGUACGGUCCAGACAUGCUCAUACUCCCUAACGCAGUUACUCAUAUCCCGCUUCGUCAACGGUAUCGGCACUGGGAUUAUGUCAACAUUAGUGCCUGUCUACCAAGCAGAGCUAUGUGAGGCGCGGAAACGGGGAAAAUUGGUGUGCAGCCUACCGCUUGCCGUUGGGGUUGGGAUUGUCCUCGCCUAUUGGUUUGACUAUGGUAUGACCUAUGUUACGGGGUCAAUCAGUUGGCGAUUACCCAUCGCUUGUCAGGAAAUAUUCGCCGUGCUUGUAGUCAUUUUAGUUGCUGGAUCUAACGGGUGUGACAGGCUCCCAGAAAGUCCCCGGUGGUUAUACAGGAAAGGUCGUAACGAGGAAGCACUGCAGGUUUUGUGUGAGGUGUAUGACCGGGCACCUGAUCACCCGAAGGUCCUUGCCGAGUCGGAAGGAAUCUUACAAGCACUCGAGUUGGAAAGCGCGCGUGGAGAAUACAGAUGGUCUCAGAUCUUCCUUAAGAGAGAUGAUUUGCAGACUGGUCGACGGGUUCUUAUGGCUUACGGGCUCCAGUUCAUCAACCAAAUGGGCGGUACCAAUAUCAUCGUUGUAAGUGACCCGCAUGCACGUUUGCAGGCUGUUCGAACUGACAAGAAGCCAGUUCUACGUUACAACAGGAUUUAUCUCGACAUAUUCGUGCACAAGACGCAAAAGAUUAAUCAUAUCGCUCUAGGUUCAUUGUAUCCUACACUGUAUGCAGACCGCCUUGGACGUCGAAACCCCAUGAUGUGGGGAUCAUUCGGUCUAGGCUCCUGCAUGUUGAUGCUUGCCAUCCUGUUUUCGUUCGAAGGAACCUCUCAGGCAAAGCCCACAGCGACGGCGGCUGUCGCUUUCUUCUUCCUGUUCAUGCUCAUCUUUGGAGCAUCGACCAAUUGCAUCCCAUGGCCAUACGGACCCGAACUCCUUCCUCUACAUGCGCGCACCAAGGGACAAUCCAUCGGAGUGUCCGCAAACUGGCUCUGGAACUUCUUCGUGGCCAUGAUCACUCCCAUCCUCCUUGAGAAGCUGCGCUGGAAGACCUAUCUCAUCUUCAUGUGUCUUAACUUCUCCUUUAUACCCCUCAUCUACUUCUUCUACCCCGAGACCGCCAAUCUAACCCUUGAAGAAAUCGACGGUCUAUUCCUCAGGGAUUCGCUCAAGGCCCACCACACCGAAGAACGCCAGUCGAAGGGUCACUCCGAGGUCAUCGUCGAGAAGAUCGGCUAG